AUGAAGCUUAUCAAGGCUGCAGUUAUUGGGGACAAGUUCCAUAUUUGGAAUUAUGACCGCAACCUUGUCAUCGCAACCAAAGAGCCAAUCCAACCUCUGGCCAGCGCGGGGCCGGGUUCGGUCUCUGUGCUGAAGCGUUUCCAGCAGAGAUACUGGAGGACCAAGCAGAGCCUGAUCACAGUGACGGGCCAGAGGCAGGACGAGCACGUGGUGGCCUCCGACUCUGAGCUCGACGCGAAGCUGGAGGUGUUCCACUCCAUCCAGAGGACCUGCAUGGAGCUUCUCAAGGUGAUCGAGCAGUACCAGAAGAGGAUCUGUGUGCUGUCCCAGGAGGAGGCGGAGCUGGGCCGGUUCCUGCGCUCUCAGGCCUCUCAGGACAAGAGCAGAGCGGGGAAGAUCAUGCAGGCCACAGGAAAAGCUCUGUGCUUCUCCUCACAGCAGAGGUUGGCUCUGCGUGCUCCUCUGGUGCGGCUCUUCCAGGAGGUGGAGACGUUCAGGUACAGGGCCAUCUCAGACACGUGGCUCACGGUGAACAGGAUGGAGCAGAGCCGCACAGAGUACAGAGGAGCACUGCUGUGGAUGAAGGACGUGUCCCAAGAACUGGACCCCGACACACACAAACACAUGGACAAGUUCAGGAGGGUCCAGGCUCAGGUGAGGAGCACCAAGAGCAGCUUCGACCGCCUCAAACACGACGUGUGUCAGAAGGUGGACAUGUUAGGAGCCAGCCGCUGCAACCUGCUCUCCCACCUGCUCACCACCUACCAGACGACUCUGCUGCACUUCUGGGAGAAAACAUCUCGUACUAUGGCGGCCAUCCACGAGAGCUUUAAAGGGAGCCACCUGCACGAGGCGGCCAAGGACUCUAAGGACAGAACAGGGAAGAGACGAAGGAGGACAAAGAGGACGGAGACACAGGAGGGACACAGCAGUGAGACCACAGAUCAACAACUGAUUUCACUUGAAAAUGAAAACCCCAACAACACGAGUAAAGUGGACGGGGACAGUGAGGAGGUGGACAGUGUGUCUCUCCUGAAUGAGAUCCUGGGGCCUCUCAGUUUGGAUGGAGGGGACUGGACUCAGGGGCUCACAGAGCAGGAGGGCUCCACAGCACUAAACCUCACAUCACAGGGCCCCACGGCUCAGGGGCCAGUGGAGACAGAGGAGUUCUUUUUACCUUCCGAGCUGCUGGAGCAGAGUCUGUCCACACUGCACACUGCAGACUGGACCAGCGACCCACACCAGAGCAAUGACACUGGACCUUCACCUGGAGCCAAUAAGAACCCUGCACCAGCAUCAAGAGAGCCCAGUGGACGCCCCAAACACCUGUCGGCCUGGUUGAACCUGUUUGCCGACCUGGACCCUCUGUCCAACCCGGACGCCAUCGGAAAUACCGGCUCUGAACACGAAGCUCACAACGCAUAAUCCCAGCACAGUACUGCAAAAACGAGUACUCCAAAGACAGUACUGCGAGCUCAUAGUAACAUUACAUAAUCAAAUCUGUAACCUUUAAAAAAAUCAAGAGGGACUACAGUGUAAAAAGCCAUGUGGAGAUGUUUGUGAGUUUGGAUGUUGCAUGGAUAACCUCGUGUGACUGGAAAUAUAAACUCUUUAAAAACUUUGGUAACAUCAAACUUCACAAAGUAGCAGUCACUUUACUUUAACUACUCCUCUAAAGAUACACGUGUAACUUUUCAGAUCUGGGGCUUUGUCUAGAAUGCUCCACAGUAAGGCAUUAAACGUAUCUAUCUCCAUGGAGACAAUCAGAUAUUUUCACCAGGCCAAGUAACAGGUCAGAUCUGUGGAGAGGCGAUCCUGCUCACAGUAAGCCCUUCUGUGAAACAUUCCAGGGAACAGUGUUAUCUCCGUGGAGACAAGCAGGCCACGGACGCUGUUGAAAAGUUACACAUUGGGUCUUUAAAACUGGGGUACGCAACUUUUUUUUUGUAAAUGAGUAAAUUUUCCCCGAAGAGUACCCUAUUUUCCGUACUAGGACGCUCUGGAUUAUAAGGCGCAUUA